UACUUUUGGUCAUACUUCAAUAUCAUUAACGAUACAAUACACAAAAGAAAUUAUAACAUUUCUUACUGGUCAGCCUCCUAAGUCAUGCUUAUCUCCAAGAGACGAAAGUACUAGAGAAGAAAAAAAAAUAUUUUUAGUAUGUAUAUCUUACUGGAAUGAAAACAAACAAGAAUCUAUGCUUACUAUCCUUAAUAUGAAAGAUUUGGAUCAUUGUUCAGCAUCCACAGUAUCUUUAAGUAUUGGAGAAGCUAUUAGUAAAAACUUAUUAAAUCCAGCACAAUGUCAAUAUUGGCUUACCGAUAAUACAGCUUAUAUGUCAGGAUCAACCGCUGGUGCUGUUGUUAAAUUUAAUUAG